AGUGGCUGGGAUUUGCGCACACUGAUGUGGCCAGGGUGGCUUUCUCCAGCUGGGAUGAAGGACUUGAGCAGAAACUCAUUGCCAGUUUCCUCCCUACGUGAGAGCCUACUGAGUCCCAGUUUCCCCAUCUUCCCCCAGGACGUUGUGCACAGUGUCCAUUCUUGAACAGCUACGACAAUGGAGGUGCUCCCCAAGGCCCUGGAGGUAGACGAGAGGUCUCCAGAGUCCAAGGACCUGCUGCCCAGCCAGACAGCCAGCUCUCUGUGUAUCAGCUCCAGAAGUGAGUCUGUCUGGACCACCACCCCUAGAAGCAACUGGGAAAUCUACCACAAGCCCAUCAUCAUCAUGUCAGUGGGGGCUGCCAUUCUGCUCUUCGGUGUGGCCAUCACCUGCGUGGCCUACAUCUUAGAAGAGGGGCAGAAGGUUGUGCAAGUCCUCAGGAUGAUAGGGCCUGCCUUUCUGUCCUUGGGACUCAUGAUGCUGGUGUGUGGGCUGGUGUGGGUUCCCAUAAUCAAAAAGAAGCAGAAGCAAAGGCAGAAGUCCAACUUCUUUCAAAGCCUCAAGUUCUUCCUCCUGAACCGCUGAUGACAGGUUGUCCAGAAGAUCUGCAACCAAUAAGCAGCCUCCUACCUUUUCUGCAGGUACCACGAAGCUGAUUCAGGCAAAUCCUCCUCUUGACCCUGUGGGUGGGAUAGAGCUCAGGGCUUCACCCUCAUACAACCUAGCAGCCUCGCUGGCUGAGUCUCACCUGAUGUCUCCAUCGCUGUGGAUGCUACGCCCUUGGAUACUCUCAUUACUCUCAUCCCUGGCACCUGCAUUCAGCCAUUAUCCACCCCACUCUCUCUGCCAAGGGCACUGCGUGCAUGCUGGGAAAUUCUUCAGGGGUUGACUAUGUUCCCAAGGAGAACUUCAUGUUAUAGUUGUGUGCCUGAUCUUGAAUUCACAUCUGCAUCCUCUGGAACCAAAAGUGAUUGAGGAGAGAAGAUUGACUCCAGACUGAGUUUGACAGUCUUGGCUCUCUCCUCGGAUGAGACAUUGACUAGCAUCACAAGAGAAAGAACAUUUCUCAUGUAUCACACAUUCCAAAUCUGGACAGUGAUGGGGGCUGAGGGUGAGGGAAACACUAUCUAGAGCAGACCAUUCCUGUGGGAGUAGUCUGGAACUUAUACGGUGAAGGAAGUUAGCUCCUAAAUAUAUGGUAUUAACACAAGAGGCAAUAAGCAGGCUAACCGGUAUCACAGUUUCCCCUUGGUCCUCCAGUGCACUUCUUACAGACCACCUUCAUCUUAGCAAUUAGUCAAGAACAAAAGCUCAUUGUUCUAACUUCCUUCCCCACUAUACCUAUGCCUCUACACAUCUCCAGAACAGAAGGAUGGAAGGUUACAGAUGGGACUUGUAAGGUCAUCUCCCCCUCCUCUCAGUUAAGACCUAACCUGAGAUUGAAUGCCAUGUCCAAAUGAUGCUCCAUGGGUGUUUAGAGAUGGGUUCAUUGGGGAAAAAAAACCCCAUCCUCUAUCACCCCAUUCCUCCCUACCAAACAAGCAAGUAUUUAUUGGGUUUUCUUUGCUGGGCCUAGGUUGGGAACAGCCAGACCCAGUCUCUGAUGUCAUCUUAUUUCCAAAAGUGAAAGAGGGAGAAAUGUGGCCAAACCAACU